GGGCGCUGUCCCCGGCGAUAAUGUGACAACCUGCCCCGGGGAUCCUGGGAGCGCAGGUCCAGAACUCACUGGGGAGCAGCUGUAUCUGAAGCCAGGCGUCGUCCGCGGGGUGAGCCUGGUGCCGCUGGCCGAUCCCCACUGACCGCGGACAUCAGCACCAGCACAUGUGAUCUCCUUUCCUCAAGAUCUUUGGAGGAUAAGUGCUCGAGAGACUGUUGGAAAUCCAGCCCCAGGAAGAUGAGGGCCCCUCUCCUCCUGCUGCUAUUUCUGGGGGGAACCCAGAGCCACACGGCGUCAAGGCCGAAUAUCGUCCUGUUGAUGGCGGACGACCUUGGCAUCGGCGACCCCGGAUGCUAUGGGAACAAGACCCUCAGGACCCCCAACAUUGACCGGCUGGCCAGCGGGGGGGCCAAGCUGACCCAGCACCUGGCRGCGUCACCCCUGUGCACCCCGAGCAGGGCGUCCUUCAUGACGGGCCGGUACUCGGUGCGAUCGGGAAUGGCGUCCUGGCACAGAAUGGGCGUGUACAUCUUCGCGGCUUCCUCGGGAGGGCUGCCCCCCAGUGAGGUCACCUUCGCCAAACUUGUGAAGAGCCAGGGCUACUCGACGGCGCUCAUAGGGAAGUGGCACCUCGGCAUGAACUGUCACAACAGGACCGACUUCUGCCACCACCCCUUGCGCCACGGCUUCGACGAGUUCUUUGGGGUCCCCCUGAGCAACCUCAGGGACUGCAAACCCGGGGAGGGCACGGUCUUCGCCUCGGUCGGCCGCUGGCUGGUGUGGGUCCCGCUGCAGGUCAUCGGGCUGGCGGUGCUGACCCUGGGCGCGCUGCGCUGCCUGGGGCUGCUGCGGGUGCCCCUGGGCGUCUUCCUGGGGCUGCUGCUCCUGGUGGCCCUGCUGCUGCUCCUCUUCCUCUGCUUCCUGCACUUCUUCCGGCCGUUCAACUGCUUCCUGAUGAGGGACUACGACGUCAUGCAGCAGCCACUGUCCUUCGACAACCUCACCCAGAGGCUCACGGCGGAGGCCACCGGCUUCAUACGACGGCACGCCGACACCCCGUUCCUGCUCCUCCUGUCGUUCAUCCACGUGCACACGGCCCACUUCUCCUCCAAGGAGUUCGCCAGAAAGAGUCGGCACGGCCCUUACGGGGACGGCGUGGAGGAGAUGGACUGGAGCGUGGGGCAGGUCCUGGAUGUCCUAGAGGAGCUGGGACUGGCCGACAAGACCCUCGUCUACUUCACCUCGGACCACGGAGCCCACGUCGAGGAGGUGACCGCCAAGGGCCAGAGGCAUGGCGGCAGCAACGGCAUCUAUAAAGGAGGGAAAGCCAACAACUGGGAAGGAGGCAUUCGGGUCCCAGGCAUCCUUCGGUGGCCGGGGGUGAUCGAGGCYGGUUUGGAGAUUGACGAGCCCACGAGCAACAUGGAUAUCUUCCCCACGGUGGCCAAGCUGGCUGGGUCACCUUUGCCCAAAGACAGGAUCAUCGAUGGCCGAGACCUGAUGCCGCUGCUCCAAGGGAAGAGCCGGCGCUCGGAGCAUGAGUUCCUCUUCCACUACUGCAACGCCUACCUGAACGCCGUGCGGUGGCACCCGCCCAACAGCUCGUCUGUCUGGAAGGCCUUCUACUUCACGCCCAAGUUCCACCCCCAGGGCGCCAACGGCUGCUUCCACACCCACGUGUGCUUCUGCCUGGAGGGUCACGUCACCCGCCACCAACCGCCCCUGCUCUUCGACCUGUCCACGGACCCCGGCGAGACGAGGCCCCUCACCCCGGAGACGGAGCCGCGCUUCUGGGACAUCCUGAGGGCCAUGCAGGAGGCCGCCGACCGCCACACCCAGACCCUGUCGGCGGCCGUCCCCGACCAGCUGUCCCUGGGGAACACCCUGUGGAAGCCCUGGCUGCAGGUCUGCUGCGCCUCCGCCUCGCGGCUGUCCUGCCAGUGCCACCCGCAGGGGCAGGAGCAGGGGGCCAGAAACUAGCCGCUGGCCACAGACGGGCCCGGGCCACGCCGUCACCGUCGGCAGGAGCCAGGGGGGGACAUCCGUCCUCCUGACCCACGUCCUGCGAGCGGGAGGCAGGGGACACUCGUGCCUGACCCUCCGUGCUCCGCAAAGGCACCGGAAAGCACAGAGCCACCUCACUCACCCCACGGCCAACACUUGGGRUCCAUCCACGGGGGACAGACGUGUCCUUCCCUCGAUCCCCCGAAGCUGUGCCAUCAGCCACAUGCAGACGACGGCGACAGCGAUCGAGUGUAGCAAGAGCCGCUCAGACCUCAGCGCGAGCCGMCUUGGAAGGGACAUGGUCCCAAGGAGGACCCUCGGUGGUGACGUCCAGUCGGGGGUAAUGGGAGGGCAAAUGAGCAUUGAUGACCCCAUGGAACCCAGGGUGGACGCCCCUCACCAUGUCCAUAUAGAGAGACGGAUGGACAGGAAGACGCAGAUGUGCUAUAUAUUUAUGUGUAUAGAGAUCGAUCCACAUCCCCCAUGUAUUGUUCACGUGCCGACCRCCUUCC